CUAAGAAUGCCUUUUAAAAAAGACUUGAGGCUUCUAUUGAAGCCUUAUUAUUUGAUAAAUAUUUUACUCAGCGUUUCAUAUAUUGUCUCAAAACGUUUACCGAUCGUUUGUCAUUAUGUAUUUGCACAAGCAGAGUGUGAACUUGACGGGAGGGAAACAGAGAUUUUAUUUUUUCUCAUGAUAGUCAUUAUGAUAAGGACACGAAAAACUGGAAGUGUCACUAUGAUAAACUAUUUAUCAUCUAGCUUUGUGUACACCAAAAUAGCUAAUUUGAUUCUUUGGUUUUAUGCAGAUAUUCGUAUGGGAAUCAUAUUUGCUAUUAUAUUUAUUUUAUGUGGCUUGUUGUUCCCUGAACCAACAUACCAAGGUCCAGAGAAUGUAACAUAUUUACGUGGUGCACAAGGAUUACAAGAAGAAUUAUACCGUGAUACAAGAAUUGUUUGGCUGGUUGCAUUUUAUACAGCAUGGAAUCCAGCUUGUGUUAAUUUUGCACCAAUAUUCUCUGAGCUUUCUGCAGAGUAUGCAUUAGAGAAUUUAAAAUUUGGAAAAGUAGAUAUAGGAAGGUAUCCAGAUGCAGGAGUGAAGUAUCAUAUUAGCGACGCUAGUACCAGUAAACAGUUGCCUACCUUGAUUCUUUUUAAAGAAGGUAAAGAAGUAGAAAGACGUCCAUACGCGGAUCACAAAGGGAAAUUAGUUAAAUUUCUUUUUUCAUUAGAUAACAUAAAAGCAACGUUUGACCUUAAUAAUGUUUACAAAGAUUGUAAAAAGAAUCCAAUUAAGAAGAAAGAGAAGAAAAUGAUAAAAGCUGAAUAAUGUAAUGAUCGUUUCUAGGCAUUUAUUACAAUUUAUCCGAUGUCAUAGCACUGCCAGCAACUCAAUUGAAAAUAACUUCUACUAUGUAGAACGAAAAUUUAGUGUAGCUGUGUCUCGCGCAAAUUUUAAUUUAUCGUCAAACUAUAAAAAUAUGUAAAUAUUUCAUUAUACUUUUAAUCGUUACAUGCAUUUUCUGCACCAUUGUGUUUUGUUAACGAUUAGUAAAUAUUACUCUAGAGUAAGAUAAUUUAUUGAAUAAUAGAUAUGGUUACCAAUGUCAUUGAUAUCAAAUGACACACCAGUGUCACGUGUAUUUAUAAAUUUACACGAUAAAAAAUUCGCAUAACAAUUCACUUAUUAAAAUCACUUCAAGCUUUUAGUUGAGAUAUAUAUAUAUAUAAUUCAUAUGCAAUAGUUUUCAUCAAAUAAAUAAUUAUUGAAACGCA